GCUCCAGCUGGCAAGACCCAGGCUUGGCCGCGGCCCCGAGCUCUGCAGUUGCUGCUCGACGCCUGCCAGCGCCUCGGGUUACCGAGCCGGAGCCAGGACUCGCCUCCCGCACAAUGGGGCCAAGGGGGAGGAGGAGCAGGAGUAGCGGGUUUUUCUUGGAGCGCCUUUCCCAGGCUCCAGCGGCAGCCGGGCGAGGACGGCCGUGCCCUGCCUGCCCGCAGCCGUGGGCCAGCCCCGGGCUGCCAUGGGGAGCCGCGGCGCGGGCUGCACCCCCAGGCGAUGAAGAUGCGCCGUCCUGCCCUGCGCCUCGGCCGGCUGAUGGUGCUCCUGGCUGCAGCGCUGGCGUCAGCCCCGCUCCCCACGGCAGGAGACUGGGGGGACGACGCGGUGGAGUACGGCCAGCUGGGCACCGACGUCGUCUUGCCGUGCACCGGCGGCCGGCCCGGCCGCACGGGGGUGCAGUGGCGGCGGGAGGGGGCCGCGCUGCCUGCAGGCUCCAUCGUGCAGCUGGGAGCCCUGGUGCUGCCCCACGCCGACACCGCCGCCGCCGGCACCUACAGCUGCCACGGCCCCGACGGCCGGCUCCUGCGCUCCCUCGCCCUGCACCCGCCGGGGGUCCCAUCCGUGUGGUGCCGUGCCUCCGACUACGAGAACUUCUCCUGCUCCUGGGCCGCGGCCCACGACACCUUCCUGCCCACGCGCUACAUCACCACCUACCGGAAGAAGUCGCUGACGGGGGAAGAGAAGCGAAGGGUGCAGGGCGGGCCGGUGGGGCUGUGCCUGCAGGACCCCGCGCGCCCAGGCACGUGCACGGUGCCCAAGUCCGAGUUCUGGAGCUCGUAUCGGCUCAACGUGACAGAGGUGAACCCGCUGGGCGCCAGCUUCCGCCUCCUGGACAUCACCAUGCAGGCCAUCUUGAAGCCGGACCCCCCGGAGGGGCUGGUGGUAGAGCCGGUGCCGCGAGCCCCGCGGCGGCUGCGCGUGCGCUGGCAGUACCCCACCUCCUGGCCCAAGGAGCCCCACUUCCAGCUCAAGUUCCGGCUCCAGUACCGGCCCGUCAUGCACCGUGCCUGGUCCGUGGUGGAGACGGCGAACCUGUCCGAGGUGAUCACCGACGCCUUCUCCGGGCUGGAGCACGUGGUGCAGGUGGGCGCCAAGGACUUCCUGGACGCCGGCAACUGGAGCGAGUGGAGCGCCGAAGCCCGCGCCACACCGGUCACUGUGCCUCCGGACCCAGCCGCCACAGCCAGCACAGAAACCACUACCGAAACCGGCCCGGAGCGCCUGGCCCAAGAGCCCUCGCCUGCCCCCAACCCCGAGCCCAUUGACCGCAGCGACCCCACGGAGAGGAUCGCCGUCCUGGUCUCACUCGGGGUCUUCGCCUUCGUGGUCCUGGCCGCCGUCCUGUUCGUCGCCCUCCUGGUCUGGCGCCGGGCGAGGUGUCAGGGCAAAGAGACGCCCGAGAAACACAACUUCCUGGCAGCCGCCGUCCACCUCAAGGCCCUGCCGAAAGCCCAGAUCUUGUAGCCGGGACCCCGUGGCUCCGUCCCCCCUCAUCACCCCCCAAGGACACGACACCACUGUGGGCUCGAGAACGGUGCCCCGCACCUGGACUGCGGUACUUGCCCUGCCUGCCACCCACACCGUUGCCCUGCGCCGGCAAGGAGCCGGCUGCGGCCCCCAGGCAAGGUGGGGCAUGGACCCCGGCGGGCAGCAACGUCGGGGGCAUUGGACCUGCCUGCGCGUGGCAGGUGCAGGAAGAAGCCCUGGGGAUUGGGGCCCACGAACGCUGCCCAGGCCUCAAACUCCAGCCCCGGACUGAGGGUGCCGGCUGGCGGCACGGGGACAGGACAGGGCCUGGGGCUGACGCCAGCGGCACGGGGCAUCACCCCCUGGGCACAGCCUGCAGAGAGGCUCAAGGACUGCCUGAGACCUGGCCCCUAUUCCUGCUGCUUGGCGCUGGCUUGGGGGCCCUUUGGGUACCGGGGCUGGGGUCUGGCAUGCGUGGCCAGCUGAGAGCGCGAUGCUGAACCCCCACACGUGUCCCAGAGCGUGUCUUCACGCACGCACACACCAAGGCUGCAUAGGGAGGCCGUGAGCUGGGCUGGAGGGGCCCUGGAAGCAGGGGGUGACCCCAGGGCCAGACCCCCAAGCCUCAGAGUCUGCGAAUAGGAUGUCUGCUCUGCACCUCCCUGCCUCUGGCCAGGGG